UGACAUAAGCAGUCGCGAUUUGCUUGCACACGUCUUGUAAAUUGUACGUUUUUGUCAAAGUUUUCACGAUUUUUUAAUUACAUAUUUCGUUUACAAACACCACCAACAUCAUGGAUCAUGAAAGCAGGCAAUUGGCUCAAGAUUUCUUCCUUCGGGAGCCGGCAGACCCUCGAAUACGGAAGGCUAAAGUGGAACCUCAGGAAGAAGAUCCUCAUCCACACCUUCGGGUUGAGAUGCAAACUGUCCGUCUGAACUCUGAUUCUCAGAAACUUGUGUUGGACACAUUGCGGUUCAUUCAUGGCCCUGACUUUAAACUUGGGAGCGCCAGUCUUUAUAAAGACAAAGGCUCAAACUUAGGCAAUAGAUACUGGAUGGAGCGAGGUAACCUUAUAGUACAAGGUGGGUGUGACUACUCACUGACAGUUAAGCCUGAAAUAGAGACUUCAGAAGCCAGGCUGAGGGCAUUUGCACUAGCUAAGUUGGAAAGAUACAAUUUCCACAAAGCCCACUGUGCAGAAGCUUUAGAAGUUGCUGCUGAGAAUAUAGAAAAAGCACUCGAAAUACUCUUCCUCAAAUAUUUCAAAGUAGACUUUCAAGACAAACCAGAGAGUGUACCCACUGUAGGUGAAUUGCUAGAAAUGAGGAAUGAUGAAAAGGCUGUUCUCGAAUCAAUUUAUGAUAACACCUUUCAAACUAAAGAUCAUAACGUAUGGAUAGUAAAAUUGAAUCUAGAUUACCUUACAAAAAUGUAUGAAAAAGUUGAUGUUCCUAAGAAAAAAGUUAACAUAAAUUACAACCACAAUACUAAAGCAAAACAGAAAGAAGUAUGUAAACUGUAUCUAAAAGGACCCUGUAGGUUUGGAGCUAAAUGCAAGUUCUUACACGAAUCAAAAGAAGAAAAAACUCCAGACCACUUAGACACUAAAGAGAAUACAAAAAUUACUUAUGAGUUAGAAGUAAGGUUUCCGGAAGAUACUGUCUACCCAUACCAACCUCCUUUAAUAUUUUUCAAAACGGAAAAUAAGACUAGUGUUAUACCAGAGCUUACAUGUCUAAAAGUUACUCUAAGGCUUUUAGAUGAAGCAAAAAACCUAGCCCAAGAUGGUAUACCCAGUAUAUACUCACUAGUUGAACUUUUAAACAAUGAAGAUGAGAUAUUGAAUUUUAUACAAUUUGAUACAAGAACGUUCCCUGCUCCAUCGGAUGCCUUAUUCCCUCAAUUGAUAGAAGAUUCUAGUAUAAGUAAAAAUAACUUACCGUCACAUUACAAAAAAGGUGAAAAUAAGGACAAUAGGUCCAAUAUUAAUUAUGAAGAGUUGUUCAAGGAUGAUAAGGAGAUCGCUAAACGGUGGUUAGAGAAAAGAGAUAAUGAUAGAUACAAUAGAAUGAUGUCGGGCAGAAGAAAACUGCCUGCUUGGAAAAAGAAGAAUGAAAUAUUGAAUACCAUAAAGAAAUCACAGGUAGUCGUUAUAAGCGGUGAAACAGGUUGCGGCAAGAGUACACAAGUGCCACAAUACAUACUAGACAAUUGGUUGGAAAACUUCGACAAAGAUGGCGGCGACCACGUUGAGAUCAUAUGCACUCAGCCUAGAAGGAUAUCUGCUAUUGGCGUCGCUGACAGGGUUGCUGAAGAAAGGGUGGAGAAGACUGGCCAAGUUGUUGGGUAUCAGAUAAGACUUGAAAGCAAAGUUUCGUCCAAAACCCGUCUUACAUUUUGUACCACUGGUAUUUUACUACGAAGGCUAGAAUACGACCCGCAAUUAAAGUCCGUCACACAUAUAUUGGUAGAUGAAGUUCACGAAAGGUCUGAAGAAAGUGACUUCUUGCUGCUCAUAUUGAGGGACCUUAUCAAAGUCAGGAAGGAUUUGACGGUCAUACUAAUGAGUGCUACGUUGAAUGCCGAUCUCUUCUCGGAUUACUUUGACAAAGUUCCUGUUUUAGAAAUACCAGGUAGAACAUUCCCAGUGGAACAACUGUUUCUAGAAGAUAUAAUGGAGAUGACCAAUUAUGUUUUAGAAGAGAAUGGUCCAUACGCCAGGAAACUGAAGAAAGGUGACCGCAAACAAGACUUGGAAACGGAACUAGAGACAUGUGACGUCAGAGCCGACGCCAACGAGCCUCCUAAAGUGUCGAUACGCGACGACAACCUUAACAUCGGACAAAUGGUCGCGCGGUACCCCAAGUGUAGCAAGGUCACUUGCAAGAACAUGUACCUUAUGGAUACUGAGAAGAUAAAUUUAGAACUCGUAGAACACGUGCUAACAUACAUAGUGAAAGGUGAUCACCAGUGGCCGCGAGAGGGCGCUAUAUUGGUGUUCUUACCCGGCAUCGCAGAGAUUAUGUCUUUGCAUGACCAACUGGCGGAAAGUCAUACUUUUAGUCCUAAGACCGGAAAAUACCUCCUAGUGCCCCUCCACUCGACACUCUCAAGCGAGGAACAAGCCCUAGUAUUCAGGAAGCCUCGACCGGGCGUCCGUAAGAUCGUGCUGUCCACCAACAUAGCUGAGACUUCUGUCACUAUCGACGACUGUGUGUUUGUCGUUGACUGUGGCAGGAUGAAGGAGAAAAGAUUCGACUCAAACCGCAACAUGGAAUCUUUAGACCUUGUCUGGGUAUCCCGGGCCAACGCGAAACAACGCAAGGGUCGAGCCGGCCGAGUGAUGCCCGGGGUCUGUGUACACCUGUACACUUCACACAGAUAUAACCAUCAUAUACUGGAACAGCCGGUCCCUGAGAUACAUAGGGUGCCUUUAGAACAACUGGUGUUGAAGAUCAAGAUAUUGCCGCUGUUUCAAGAUAUGAGCAUACAUGAAGUAUUAGGCAAAACAGUAGAACCGCCGACGAAACAGAACAUAGAUGGUGCUCUCUCCCGCCUGCAAGACGUCGGGGCACUAGACAAGGCAUACAGUCUGACGGCGCUGGGCAAACAUCUCGCGGCCUUGCCCGUAGACGUCAGAAUAGGCAAACUUAUGCUGUUCGGGGCAAUAUUCUGCUGUGUGGACUCUGCAUUGACUAUGGCAGCGUUUUUGAGCCAUAAAAGUCCUUUUGUUGCACCGUUUGGGAAAAAAACAGAAGCAGACGCGAAAAGGAGAGAAUUUGCAUGCUCUCAAAGUGAUCAGCUUACAACUUUAAGGGCUUAUCGGAAAUGGCAACAAGCAAUGAAAAGCAGUACCCACGCGGCGCUAGUGUUCGCGAACGAGAACUUCCUCUCCCACAAGACGUUACUCAUGUUGGCGGAUAUCAAACAUCAGCUGUUAGGCUUAUUGGCUUCUAUAGGGUUUGUGCCCGACAUGCCCGCACUGAGGAAGAAGAUGAGGAAGGAUUCCGUGGCUAGCCUUACUGGGGACGAGUUAAACACAAACGGCAAUAACGACAAAUUACUGGCAGCUAUUUUGUGUGCAGCUCUAUACCCAAAUGUCGUCAAGGUACUAACCCCCGAAAAAUCGUUCCACAUGCAAGCCGGUGGCGCAAUACCCCGCCAACCGACACCCGACGAGUUGAAGUUCAAAACUAAAACGGAUGGCUACGUAGCUUUACACCCGUCUUCUGUGAAUUCUUCUGUAGGGUACUUUACGAGCCCCUAUCUAGUGUAUCAGGAGAAAGUGAAGACAAGCCGGGUGUUUAUAAGGGAGUGCUCUAUGGUCCCUCAGUUGCCGCUUGUUUUGUUUUCUGGUUGCAGUUUAUCAGUGGAACUCCACAGCGGUACAUUCAUAGUAUCUCUAGAAGAUGGUUGGAUUAUGUUCCAAGUGGAAAAACACGAGGUUGCAGAAAUGCUAAAAACGAUACGAGUUGAACUAAUAAACUUAUUAGAAGAGAAAAUCAACGACCCCAGUUUGAACUUACUACACUACGAGAAAGGUAACCGAAUAAUAAAGACUAUAGUGCAAAUUGUUACUAAGGACUAAUUAGUUAUAACAAAGCGAUCUGUUGUAUUACAACUAAUUUAUGAAUUUAAUACAGGUGCAAUUGAA